UCGACACAAUCGAUUUUAUCAUUGGCUUUAUUUUGUUUCCAUUUAAAUAACGAUGACAUAACAGUAACUUUGAAGUUUGCCUCUCCAAAUUGUAUGUCACUGAAGUCAUAAAACGGAAUGUAGAGAUUCGUGUUCGCAGCUGUACCUUUAUUGUUUUAUAUUGUUAUACUUUAUAUAUUACGAAUCUUUUGAGAAUCUAUAUUUAUUGACUAUAAACACGUCUUUCUAUCUUAUUCAUAAAAAGGGAAAUAGUUUUUGAUUGUUAUUAUUAUAUGUAAUAAUAUUAAGUACAAAAUGGAAGUAGUGGAGAUACAGAAUACAAAGAAGCAGUUUCAACUACCAUGCCAGAAGCCAGCAAAAUGCCCCUGUGACAUUAAAUGCACAAGAAAAUACGUGCAACCGUCUCGAGCAAAGUCAUUCGCUCCGGUGAGAACGUAUAAGCCUCCUUCGAAAUUAUUCGAAGAUAAUACCACAUAUCACUUAUCAUAUUUAAACGUGGAUCAUGCGGAAAUGCGACGCAGCCGAUCUCAACCUAUCCGACCCAAACCUGCUCUUACUAAAUCCGAUGCUCGAUUUCUCGGUGAAACGACUAAUCAAUUGAGUUACAAACAUAUUGGGAGUAUUCCUAAAACAAAACCAAUCAUACCCAGGCAAAGGCCGAUGAUCGGAUCUGGUCGAAUGGAGUCUGUUACCACAAUUCGUCAGGAUUACCCGCGUAAAUAUGUGGACAAACCAGAAAUUAUAAUACCUUGUGGGAACAUUCGUUUAAGUUCCGGCAAGCUGGAUGCUAGUACCACAGCGAAACUUUCUUAUGCGGACCCAGGCUGUACAGAACCGACAUUGAACUUCAAACCCAUAGCGAUUUACUAUCCACCGAGUGAACCGAUUCUUACUGAUACUACACAGAAGUUAAGUUAUCAACCUGUUCACAUUCCAGAAAGAGAUACGUACUCCUGGCAGCAGAAACCAAUCUACCAAGCUCCAGAUGUUGCUAUGUGCGGAAAGACAACGUACUCUGAAAGUUUCUUAAAGAACGAAGAGCCAUGCAUGGAGAAACCUGUACGGCCGACUGCUGCCAAUGUCUUUCCUAUCGGUGGUGAAUUUCACUCAGAUACUAUUUAUAAACAAAGCUAUUUGCAAUCGGCUAUCGUUGAACGAGUGGAACCUGUUAUUCCUUGCAAUGCUAUCUCGAAACCUGAUGGCAAAAUUUCAACAGAUACAACAAGCAAAUUGAGUUACCUACCAGUCCAAAGCGAAAGACGUUUGCCGAUAUUACCCCGAAGCAGAAACAUGAUAGGCGAUGGUCUAAUGCAAUCCGAAACUACCAACCGUUGCGAUUUUGUGGAAAAAAUUACAUUACGACCGGAUCUCAUUAUUCCAUGUGAUAAUCUUCGAAGCCCGGAUACACCUAUUGACGACAGAACUACAACGAAACUAUCUUACGCGAAACCUGGGCCAGUAGAGUGGGUUAAAAGCUUUAAACCUGUUGUUCAGUAUCAGAGAUCUGAAAAAAUUGAAUAUGACACUAUAAACAAACUAUCGUAUCAGUCUUGGACUCCACUUCCCAAGGAACAUAUACCAUGGGCGUCUAAAGAAAAAUAUCAGCCACCUUCAGAUCCUAUGUGUGCCGAUACUAUUUACCAAGUCAGUUAUCCCGCACCCGGAUAUUACGAAGAUACUUGUAUGCCAGCUGAUUGCGAAUGUUUGGAUUUCAAAUACGACGCUCUCCCGGCACAAAUAUGUGAAACUGUGACGUGUGAAUGAAAUACGAACAAAAAUAGUUGCAAUCUGAGUAACAAAACUUCUGUAUAACUUCUCUAUUUUCCCAUAUAUAAAUUUCUAUCGUAUAUUAUAAUAGAUAUUUAGAGGAAAAAAAUAUUGAAUUGUUUAAAACUUGAAUAAAAACAAUUUAAAAAAUCGAAUUAAAAGCUAUUUUAUUCGGUAUGUCGAUUCGGUAUGCGAACACAUCUUAUAUUUUACGCUUAUAUAAUAAUAAUUAUUAUUAUAUAUAGAGGAAUAAAGGUAAUAAUAACGUAUAUAUUUUAUAAACAGUAAAAUUGUUCUCAAUAAUAAAAUAAACUCUAAUCUUUGAUAAAAGAUAAUAGACAAUAGAUUUAAUAAUAAACAGUAUUAACGCACUAGUCUUUCAAAAUUUAGUUUAUCUUUACAUACAUCCAUACAUACACGUGUACGUACGUACACGCAUGUACACGAUUAGGUACAUGCAUGCACUCAUACAUACAUAGAUACGUACGUACAUGGUUUCAUACGUACAUAUAUAUAAUAUUAUAUAAUAUUUAUAUUAUAUAUAUAGUAAAUAUAAUUAGGAUAACGACGACUUCAAUCCUAUUCAAAAAUUUAGCGUAUAUCGAUGUUUUAUAUACGCGCAACAAUUCAUAGCUUUUAAUAGAGUACAUAAACUAUAGGGGAGGGAACGAUUAUUAGAAAACGAAUAUAUAAUUAUCUAUUUUAACCGAUAAUAGAAACUUCCUACGCUUAGAGAUCUAAAAGGUUCACCGAAAAGUUUCAGUUACUUCGGUAACAAUU